UAAUUUUUUUUAUUUUUUUUUCUUCUUUAGUUCAAAAGCUUGAUAGUCUAGCUUGUCAAGGUCUUAAUAUAUUGGAAGAAAAGGCACCAAUUAUUACAAAACCAUCAGAAGAGAUAUUAAAAGAAACUACGGAUCUAUACAACUCGACUCUGCGGAGGGGUUUUGACCAGUACAAUGAAAUUAAAAGUUAUGGAAACAAUAAGAUCCAAAAAAUGAAAGAUGGUAUGUUCCAGAAGACUUCACAACUUUUUGUCACACUUUAUGGGAAUGCUGUAGUUAACAUGUUGGACAAAGCUUUAGAAGUAGCUGAACAAAAUGUAGACUAUUACCUUCCACCCAUUGAAGAUGAGGAAAAUGUGGAGAGAAAAGACAACGAUGUUGCUAUUGAAAGAAUUGGUCAGCUAUACAGCAAGAUCAGAGAACGCUUCUAUUUAAAUGUCACGGCAAAGCUUCAAAAUGCUCAGAUGCAAAGUUGGGAAACUGUAUCUAAGCUGAACUUCACCAUAACUUUGAUGCAGUAUGCCAGAGAAAACGUGGAUAGUGUUAAUCAGAUCCUUCACCAAACAAAGGAUUCUCUUCAGAAAAAUGCUUCUUGGUUGUGGGAAGAGUUAAACAAACUUGAUCCAAGUGUUAAACCUUCUACUGUAGUAGAAAGAGUCCUUUAUCUUGCUAGACAACUAACAAGACAGCUUGUGACCUCUUACAAUAGCCUGGCUCCCAUAUCUCAAUUAUUGCCAGUUACCUUACAACAAAACCUGGAUUCUGCUCAGAAAUAUUCCUUGUAUGUAUAUAAUCAGUUACAUGAAGCAAAAGAUUUGAAUGAAAUGAGUUCAGUAAUGGUCACAGAGUUGAAACAAAACUUGCUAUAUCUUGAAACCUGCAUCUUGAACAUGCUUGAUUAUACUUUCCUACAUAAACUGUCUUCUCCAGAAGUAGACGAAGAAGAGACUGAAGUUGUGCCCACUUCUUAAUUUGAGAGGAGAUCAACUUUAAGUGGCUGUAUAAAUGAUUUAAUAUCUUAGUUUUAGUUUUGAUAAACUUUAAAUACUCUGUUUAAUAUAUGUUUUUGAUUACUUAAAUUCUUUAAUAAACAUUUUCA